CGUCGAAUCGCGAAAAGAGGAAAAAAGACACGUCCAGCUCCAAGGUCUCGGAUGAAAGUACGGAGGAAAUUAACGGGCAAGCGGCGGAUCCUCUUCCUGCUCACGCGCGUUCUCUCUCUCUCUCUCUCUCUCCCGCUCCCGCCGCCUCGCUUUCGGCGCCAAGGACUUUGUUCGCGAGUGCAAGGCCGUGGCACGGCGCUUACGCAACGGUCCUCCGGUACCACCGUUGCGCAAAGGAUGACGACGAUCGACCGGCCGUCGGGUCGAUCGGGGUGAGAUCGCUCGUCGCGUAGGCGUGACGGACGAACCGCGGGCACUUCGCGCGAGCGACCCUCGGCCUCGUCGGGAAAUCGUCACGAGAGUCAGUGAGGAAAGCCGCGUCGGCUGGUCUCGUCGUGUCGGCGAGUGCGGAUCGCAUUAAUGGCGCGCGGGAGAAUCGAUCGGCCGAUCGGCAGAGCGAUCGCGGCGAACGAUCGACGGUGUCUUUCACACGCAUCGCGGUAGAGCAAAAAAAUAGAGAGAGAAACGCAGAGAGAGAGAGAGAGAGAGAGAGAGAGAGAGAGAGAGAGAGAGAGAGAGAGAGAGAAGAAGAAGAGAAAGACAAAGGGUGAAACUAUGGGGUCCCGCAAACGCACGCGGAGUAAGCGCAAUCGCUAUCGCGCUCUCACACGAUGAUUUCUCCAUUUUCGAUUACACAAGAAGAACCCGCACGUCGAUCGGAGGAGAGGAGGAGGAGGUGACGGGAAAACGCUCGCUGAAAGGCGCGAAAGGCAGGCGCGCGCUCGCUCGCGCACAAUGGGAAGGCCCGGCUGGGAAAAAGAUUGGCGGAUGAGAUUGAUCGGGACAACAAUGGCGAUCGAGGAGCCGGCCCGCACGCAUUGCGCCGUGUCCGCGGGAAUCGAAUAUUACGCAUAAUAAGCAUUGAGAGCGCCCUCAACCGUCUGUGUCCAGCUAGUCAGGAGGACCAAACGCCGUCAAACUAUUCUUCUUACGGCCCCCCUCGACCGCGCACCCACCACCGGCCGAGAUCCAUUCUAGUCGUUUAUGUUACUCUUCCUUCGGAGGCGAGGCGAGGCGAGGCGAGGCGAGGCGAGGACGCCUUAUCGCGCCCGUGCGCGCGUACGCGCGCGCACACGCACAUACAUACAUAUACACGUAUACAUUAUUGUGAAAAAGUCCAGCCUCUGUGAAGUUGAUUAAUGAGAGCGAUCAUCGUCGAGCGAUCGACGAGAGAGAGAGAUAGAGAGAGAGAAAGACACCGGUGUCGUGUCGCGGUGUGCACGUGCGCGUAUCCGCGGGUCGCGUAUGUCCAAGGGUCGACGGCGACGACGACGACGACGACGACGACGACGACGACGACGACGACGACGACGACGACGAGCACCUUCUUCGUAGCCCUCUCAUACGACGUCAUACGAUCGGUGACAGAGACCGACGGGCGCGGCGAACUGACAGACAUUCGCGCUUGGGUCUCGAAUCGGAGCGCGCGACUUUAUAAAUUCCGCAUAUCGAGUGGUCGAAGGGCGCGCGAGCGCUCGCGAUCAUGCCACCAGUGUCGGGGCCUUUCGUGUCGUCGUCGCGCGCAGAGGGCGGGUGGGACUCUUCAGGUUGCGUGCUCGAGAUUCUUCUCUGAAGAUGUAUGGCACCAAUGAAAGCCACGGGCCGAACCACGGGCCUUGGACACCGCCUCCCGCGCCCCAACCGCUCCCGCCGCAAGCCCAGCAUCAAAACCAUCCCCGACCUCACCCCCACAACCAUCCGAGCCACCCGCCGUACGUACCGCCGGCGUAUCAGCAUCCUCAUCACCACUUGCCACCCCAGUUCUUCUCGCAGAUCUUCAUGCACAAGAGCGCGAUGCAGAUGCACGCGAGGGAGCUGGGCGCGGGUGCACUGACGGCGAGGCCCGGCGGCGGCGUCGCAGGCGGCCUGGCCGGCCUAGGCGUCGGUGUCGGCGUCGGCGUCGGACCGGGUGGCAUGAUCGCCAGCAACGAGGUCAAGCCGCACCAGUGCCAGCAGUGCCUCAAGUCGUUCUCCAGCAACCACCAGCUCGUGCAGCACAUCAGGGUCCACACCGGCGAGAAGCCGUACAAGUGCAGCUACUGCGACCGCAGGUUCAAGCAGCUCAGCCACGUGCAGCAGCACACAAGACUGCAUACGGGUGAACGACCGUACAAGUGCCAUUUACCGGACUGCGGGCGGGCCUUCAUCCAACUGUCGAAUUUGCAGCAGCACCUGAGGAAUCACGACGCUCAGGUGGAGCGGGCGAAGAACCGGCCGUUCCACUGCAACAUCUGCGGCAAGGGCUUCGCCACGGAGUCCAGCCUCCGUACUCACACGUCGAAGGUCAGUCAUUGUUCGAAGUACCCAUGGCAACGAUUAAAGGAGUUGCAACAGCGUGUUGUGUUCCAGCAACACGCCGCCCUGAUCGGCGGCCCGAACGCAACCAGCUGUCCAGUAUGCCACAAGCUCUUCCUCGGCGGCGAGGCGCUGAUGGAGCACAUGAAGCACACCCACAAGGACCCGAACGCCUCCGGAGUUGCCAUUCCCUCCGCUGACUGCACAACCUCCGUUGCCGGGGUUUACCUAGCGAAGCGACGGACCGCCAACCAUCCGUGCCCAGUGUGCGGGAAGCACUACGUCAACGAGGGUAGCCUUAGGAAGCAUCUGGCCUGCCAUCCUGAGACCAGUCAACUUAGCACGAGCCUCAGGAUGUGGCCGUGCUCGGUGUGCCAAGCCGUCUUCACUCACGAGAGCGGUCUCCUGAGCCACAUGGAGCACAUGAGGAUGGACCCGAAGCAUCAGUUCGCGGCGCAGUACGUGCUGAGUCGCGCGGCCGCCGAGAGGCGGGAAAGGGAGAUCCUCGCGAGUUCGAGUUUAGGAGCGGGUUUGGGAGUGUUGGGAAGUCAGUCCGGAGGACCGCAAAAUUUGCAACAACCGCCUAUGUGCCCGUCACCGUCUGCCCAUUCGGACAGCAGCAGCGGCAACGGAAGACUCUCGUCGGCCGGUAGUGAACCUGAUUUUUGCGCAGGCACCGGUCUACUGAACAACAACAACAACAACAACAACAACAACAUGGCGUCGCCGGGACCGAGCGGCAACAAGCUGAGCGAGAUGCUGCGGGCGGGAAGUCAACCGGGCUCGGCGCAGCAGUACCACGACGAGAUGCAGUCGCAGCAGCAGCGCAUGGCUGUCAUGGCCGCGGCCGUGUCGGCAGAAAAUUCCGUGUCGCCCAAGUCUUUCGCCCUUCCGCCGUCUUCGCCAGGCGAGAUGUCAAAAGCGAUGUUUCUGUUAGGACUACAAAAUUCUGUGUCACCUAAUCUUUCGCCGGUCGACAUGGCGUCGCUCGCGGCGGCCAUGAGGAUGGGCAAUAACGGUGACAUGAGCGGCGGUACUCAAGGCUCGACGGGACCCCAACAGCAGGGAGUGCAAGCGAGCGGACCGGAGCAGGCUCUGAGGAUGCACCAGGCGGAGGCUCUGCUCCGUUCCCAGGCCGAAGCCGCCCUUAGACUCGCGGUGUCUCAAGCGGCGGCAGCCGCGGCGAGUUCCGCGGUGGGCGGCGACGUGAGGCAUCAUUUGGGACAGCACAACGGAGGUAGCACCUCCGGCAUGCCGGGGCACCAUACGAAUCAACAAAUGUCCCAACAGGACACCCUAUCGCCGGAUCUCGGAGAAGCGCUACGGCUGCAGGAGCAGCGAUUAGAGCAGGCCCUGAGGCUGCACGGUGACCCGCGCGCCCUGAGCUUCACUCUCCAGCACGUCGUCAACCAGCAGAGUAAUCAGCAACCAUGAAAGUUCAGUUACUACUGAGACGAGUGGACCCCUUGGGCGCCGGAUCAGACGAGUCUGCCGAGCGAGCGCAUGAACCAGCAGUCGUCGCAAUCGUCGACGGAGCGCUCGCCCCCGUUGCACGACCAGCAACAGCCGCAGCAACAGCAGGGCCCGUCUUCCAUCGGUCACCAGCAGCCGCAGCAACAGCCGCAGCAGCCUGAGGACCGUGGCGUCAAGAGGAAAGCCGACGAGAUGAUCGGUAAUUCCGAAAACGCGUAAGAGCGAUCACGCGCACACGGCCGAUCGACGACGAGACGCGACUCGUCGCGUCAUCGUCGUCGUCGUCGUCGCCAGCCCGUGACUCGCCCGAGCGCCCAAGUGCGGUCACCAGAAUUUCGCUCAUCGUCUCAGCAGUAAGAAAACGAAAACAAGAAACACACAGUCGACGAGACUAAACGGACAGACUUCGAGAGUAGGAGAGUGUGGUACUUCGGUGUCUUCCCGCGCGGACAGAACCGACAUGUCGCCGGACCGGCAGGAUCCGGGAGAGCGAGCGGCAGAGAGUGAGAGAAACCCCGGCUCUCGCGGUCGGUCGAUCUCCACCCUCCUCCCUCCGCCCCCCCGGCCGCGUCCUGGCGCUCCGACGAAGGGGGAGUGAGAAUACGCACGUGUAUAGCAAAACCGUUGCACGGCGCGAGGCGGUAGGAUCUCGCGCAGUGGCGGCGCUCGUCUCUCUGGCGACGAGUCUCAUCCGAGACUCCGCGUACUUGUUCCUACUACACCGGUCCUGAAUCAAGGAUCUGCCGAACGAACCACCUUCCCUCGUGGUGGCGGUCGCGGCGUGUAGUCGACGACGCUCUCGCAUCAGACGACGCGCAGACGCGAGAGGAAGAGGCAUAGUCGCGGUGGAAGAGCGUUUCCCGGCUCUGUCCGCGGUCGCCGAGAGCGACGAGUCAAGAGAGAGAGAGAGAGAGAGAGAGAAAGAGCGAGAGCGGCGUUGACCGCGCCGAGAGGAGACGAAAGACUCCUUUCAACGCGAGUGCCUCUUACCGGAGUGUUUCGUCAGAGGAUUCUCAGGACACGUCGCCACUGUCGUGCCCGCCGCCUCGACUCCCGAAACGUGCCAUAAUACUAACGAGAAGCUGCUAAAAAGAACCCACUAAGUCAUCCUGGGGGGGGUGUCGAGUCCCCUUCGGGGGAGGUCGCCUCCCCCGGGGUGCGCCAAGGUACUAUGAUAGUACAAGAGCCCAUGACGCGGCGACGCGACGGUGGCCGAGGGUCCAACGGGCGAUCCUCGACCGUCCCGUUUGCCGCGGGCUUAAAAAAUCUAAACUAUAUAUAAAUAUAUACAUACAUAGAUACAUCUCUAUCUUACCGGACCGCAACUUAAGGUUCCACUCCCCCAACCCCCCGCCCUCCUCAUCCCCCGAGAAGAGCCCUAACCUUGAGACUUCUGUAAAUGCUUGGAAGCGUAUCGCACAUCAACGCGCAGCCACGUCACGCAGGCUCACACGUGGUGCGUCGCGCGGUCGCGGCGAACGAGCCACACACCGGUGAGGACGGUGAUGUGGUGUGAAUCGUGUCGCCGCGUGUACGGUUGUUAAUUAUAUACGUACUGAAAUCCCCUUCCCCGGUGUGUGUGUGUGUGUGUGUGUGUGUGUAUGUGAGACAGACGGACGCAACGUACGGACGUGUUCUCACCUGCGAUCAACGUUUUCGCGCGAUGACAAAGGCGACGUUGACUGAUUUCGCGAGAAACGAACGCCGGACGUGUGACGUCGGAACAGAUACGUACGCACACAUGUAUACACACACACACACAUACACACAUACACACGUAUACACACACACACACACACAUACGCGUAAACAUACGUACACGCAAUCACAACCGAGUAUACAUACGUACACGAAGAGAGUAAACACAUACAUGUACAAUAAAAUACACACAUAUUGCAAGGACUCAUCAGCAGCACACUUUAAAGUGAAGAUAAAAAGCGCGCAACUUGUGCUCGUCGGUAGCACGAAAACUAUUAGCUCAUAAGCGAACAAACAAAAAAUAGUUAUUACAAACAGUUAUAUUAUAUAUAUUAUAUAUACAUACAGAGUAUGAAGAGUAUGACAGAGACAAAAAAAAGAACGGGCGAAACCUAUUCACACUUACACGUUUACAACUGAAGAGAGAGAAAAUGUGGUAAGCGUGAGAGAGCUAGCAUUUUUCGUGAGCAAGCACGCGACGAAGAUGAAGAGAGAAAUAAGAAAACUAAAUGCUAAAUAUAUUAUAUAUAUAUAUUAUAUAUAAAUAUUAUAAAUAAUGAAUAUAGGGUCUAUGAGACUAGGAUAGUUAGGCGAAAGGGAAAUACGAGCGAAUGCGGAGCGCGCCCUCGUAAGUUUUACCCGAUCCCAAGCAUAGUCGACGAGAGAAUGGGGUCAACGCCUGAGCGGAACGAACCAAACGAGGAACGUGUGUGUGAGAAAGCGAGGGAGAGAAAGAGACACCGAGAGAACGGGAGAAAGUGCGUGAGAGAGGGAGAGAACGAAACGAAUACGUGGACGAUUUUGCGAAUGCACGACCUUGGGAUCGGCGUAGGUGCGCGGGCGCGCCGUCGAGCGAAUGGGCAAGACUGAAUGAAUGUGAAUGCUUCGUGAGCAUCAAGGAAGAGCGAAUGCGAGACGAGAGUGAGACUUAGAGUGGCGUGCUUCAGGUAAUCUGAGGUCCUGUGAUCGUUAUAAGCGAAAUAUUUUUUUAUUUCCGGGUAAUAUAAUCUGAACGCGUAAAACUCUUGCGUCGUUUUGAACUUUUACUUGCAAUAUACCGUUACGUUCUCGCAAUACUUAGGAUGAAGAAGAAUAAGAAGAAGACGAAUAGGAAUAAAGAAGGUGGAUGGACAAAACAAAAAAAAAAAGAGAAAUAAAACGAAACAAUACGAAGAUGAGGAUGACGAGGGAGAGGAAGAAUAUGAAGAAAGUCCGUAGGUUUGAUCGUGGAGCGAACUUUUAGAGACUCGAGCCAGCCCCUUGCCCUCCUAAAAGAGACAAAAAAGAGACGCACCCCCUUUCGUGACGCCCCAUCACAAUCCGAACUAUCCUCGGCCGGAUCGUCCCCUUUUACCUUCCCCCCGAACCUCUCCGCAUCUUUGACAAAACUUAUGGAUCGUCCGUACUUUCGAUGGGGUUAUCUUUCGAUGAGACCAGACGCGAUGAAACGAGACGCUGACCGGAGAGAAACCUAACCUUUCUUUUGGACUCGUUUGACUCGAAAUCACAUCGGUGAACGAAAACGCGGAUCCCCCUCCCCCCCUCCCCCUAAAGGGAAGUCAAAUCGACGGAGACAGAGAGGCGGUUCACAAAAAGAAGAAAAAACGAAAGAAACGAAAAAAGAGAUGUUCCGGAAAAGAAAGGCCAAAAGUAAUAAUGCAUCGGAAGAUCGAUUCGAUUCAUUCGUCUACGACACGAUUCGAUUUCUUCGUUUCUUCGACCGGAAAUCGCGGACUGUUUAGAGUGCGGAAUUGAAUGGUAGCGUGCCGAAUUUGUUCACACACCUCUGGACGUUAAUAUCGACCGCGUUACUGUUGUUGUUGUUGGUGUUGUUGUUUCCUUUCGGAGACUUUCCUCGAGACGAGACUUUUCGUUCCUGACCGGCUCGUUUUUGAGAUACUCCGGCCACCCUUCGAUCCUUACUUUCCACCCCCCGAGCCACCCUUUCAUACCAUCACCUUAUUUCCGCACAAUCGAGACUUUGCAAAAUUUCGUCACACUCGUGAAAUACGAGACACACCUACGAAAUACGAUCGAUAAAAUUUUUUCUCUCGCUACGUUUCGGUAAUCGUGUCUUCCGGACGAAAUGAACUCUGGAAAAAAGAAAUUAUCGCAAAAGAGAAAGAACACACGAAUUGUCUAUUCCCUUUCGCGAUAUGACCACCCCUUCCCUCUUUCACGGCCCUUUGUUCGCCAAUUACGAAAGUAACCUAACGUCGUCAUCUUCGUUGAACGUAAAAGACACGCGCCAAGAAGCCGCCGGGUAGCCAGGCUUUUUGACCAUCUGGGACGAGAGAAGAGAAAAGAUCGCUAAAGGAUUCAUCGUCAAAGCUACAUUUAACGGUCGCACUCGCCUCGCGAUCGGAACUCGACGGAUCCGUCCCCGGUAAAUUUUCUUGCGAAAGCGGUUCUCUCAAGAGAAGAAAAACAAAGGAGACGAGAAACAAGAGUCUAACGAGCGAGUGUCUCAAAUCAGAAUCGGUCGUUCGCGAAAUCAAAUUGAAAAAAUUCGACUCGAGUCGGAGAGAACCCUACGAUCUUCUCGGCAUAUUUGCCUUCCGUUCGCGGAGGAAAGACAUCGCGCGCGCGCGCGCGCGCGCGGGGACCGCCUCGAGUUCCGGGGAUCGUGAUCGCGGGUCGAUUCAUUGAUCGUUCUUAUUAAAGAAGUUUUUGCGUUACAGGGCGUUUUUUCCUCGGAUUAAGUAGUAUGUAAAUACACCUUGAUAUCACAAGCAUAAACUGAGAAUUUACUGGUAAACUUAAACGAACGUACAUAAUGCGAAAUAGGGUUAGUUUCUAUGUAAAUACCUAAAGCUGGGCGAGUGCAUACACCUCGUUCACGCAACCAACGAUAAUCGUUUCUUAUCGAACCAGAGCUUCUGUUCGUUGUCGGUGCAUGCCUGACGAUCGGCGAUCGCUUCCGCCCCCCGACCUCGUUCUCCGCCCUCGCCAGAGGGCCGGAUUUCACAGCCCGACGAGGGAGGGGUCGCGCAGGAGCGUUCAUCGUCUCUCGGACAUGACCGAUCGGGAAAUUCUUUUUUUUUUCUCGACACCGAUACUCCGACACACUGAUACACACUUAUACGCAGACACACUCAUCACAACACACACGGCAUUGCGAUGGAUUGUACAGCUACGAUAGGAACACACGCAAUACCUAAACGCAAUCUUGGCACACUCGUACCAAUCGGCGCCCGCAACACCGUUCGGGAUCGACUUGUUUCUCGCGAGAUUUCUUCUCACAAGAUAAUCGCGUUUUCCUUUUCGGAGAAUAAAAACGAGGCAAAGAGAAAUCGCUAGAGCGCAUACGCGUCGCGGGUAAAUUAACGUGACGUGAAUUUCGAGCGCUUCUCUGCGAAAAGUGCGAACGUGCUGCACGAAAUUGAGAGUGAAAGUGACAGAGCGUGAGAGAGAGAGAGAGAGAGAGAGAAAGAGAGAGAUAUAGAGAGAGAGAGAGACAGUGAGAGAGUCAGUCAAUAACAGUGAGUCCGGGAAUGAAUGUCGGAGCGAAUGAGAGAAGAGCUUAGUUAGGCGAAGCUAUUAGCACGUGUCGCACGAAUGAAACGCGAAUUAACGAAAAAAUUCACGUUGGCGAAGAGAUAGAGCAGAGUCGAGUAGGAAUUUUUCAAAAGGUGCAACUUCAUUUCACGGUCCCUGUGAUACAACAGCAGCGUCGAGAGGUACCGAGAACGGUGCACGAGAACGGGUAGUAAGAGCGCGAAAGAGCGAAAAAGAAACACGGAAAGGAUGGAAAGAGAGACGAACAUCAGCGUUACUAUUUAUCACCAUCUCACUAUCACUAUCACAAAAAAAUUUUUAAUAAAAACAACAACAACAAUACAAAACACCACCACCACUACUACCACGUCGAGAUCCUUCAUGAUGAUCGCGGUCAUGAAACGAUUGACAGACGACUGUUUUCGACCGGUGCAUCCUGCCGUGCGCCGAGGGUUGCUUUUCUAAACGAGUAAACCUGCGUAAUGGCCGCGAUCGGCGGGUCGGGUCCCUCGGGACCCGCGCACCCUCCGAUCGCGAUUUAAAGACACACAUCCCCGCGCGAAAAGGAAGAAUUCCCGAGGCGCCGGCCCGUGCCCCGCGAACGUGUACCAUAAUUUUAAAUUUAAACGAAAGGUAACGAAACAAAAAAAAAACACACAAGCGCGUUAAACAAUAGAUCUAGUAGUGUAUGUUCUGUAAUCAACUGAGAAGUAAGCGAGGAUAAAGAUAAAGAAAAAAUAAUAAAAAAAUGCGGGUCGCACCGCGGAAAAAGCACAAAAAAAAUAAUUUACAAAUAUAUUGAUUUACAUAUGCCCGUAACUCGUAAGGGGGCCGGUGGCGCAAUCGCGUCCGCCCGCGUGAGAUUUUCGGGCCUUUACGACUACACAAUGAGAGAGGAAACGGCGGGACGAGCGCGAGUAAACAAACGCAGGACGCACUAACACGGCGUCCGCGAGCCGCGGUGCAAUGAAGCGACUCGCGGCCGAAAGCGGAAGCGCGGAGGAACGCGCGAAACACAGCGUGGAAACACAGCGUGAGGUGAUCCGCAGAGAGAGAUCCGCGCGAGCGUCUGGGUCGUCCGUAUUCGUCGCGCAACAAAGGAAGAGAGAGAGAGAGAGAGAGAGGCAGCGUGCCGCGCAAACACAAGCACGAGGAUGAAGACGAUGAAGAAGAGAUGAUAAAGAAGAAGCAGCGACGAAGACAGACACACAGAGAGAGAGAGAGAGAGAGAGAGAGAGAGAGACACACAGAGACCGCGGAGAGGUUGAGAAACGCGCCUAAUAACGGGAGAGUCCAUAGAGAGGAGCCCCGAGAGAGGCGUCACGGACGACCCGGAGACACUCCAGCGCCCGGCCGUUAGCCCACUCGUGGAGGAGCGCGACUAAGAAGAGACUUAGUCGAGGAGAGGCCCAGGAAACGAUGGGACGAUACGCGAGUAUACGUAUAUAUACGCGACACGGCAUGUAUAUACACGAUAUAUGUCCGCGGAAAAUCCACGGCGCGACGUCGCCUGCAAAAUCGGCCCUACCCAUAAUCUUAAUCUCUUUCAUGUAAAUUUGCUAAAUGUUUAAAUAAUCUAAAAAGUGCCAUAGCCCGGAUGCGCUGGUGCAUACUCCCAGCGCAUACACACUCACAAAUACGACUCGACCCUCACGAAUCAAACGUAAAAUCCGCGGAGCCGCGCGCGCGCGAUGAAAAGAGCGCGCGCGACCGCGGUAGAAUUGGUAUUCUCGCCAAGGAGCAAACACAGUGCAAACAACAGUGACAGAAACCCACAGAACAGUCGCGCACACUAAUUACAAGACAACAAGACACCCCACAGAUGACGGAUGGCCGCGCGCACCCCGCCGUGGCGUGCGACACGUCAAGCUCUCGCGCCACCGGAGUGUGUCGCGUCCACGCGACGACGAGACACAAUGAACAAGUCGAAGUUAGCCCUGGUUCACGAGCGUGCAACCCCGCGCGCUCAAACACUUCUCAAUACACGAGCACGCGUGCGUGCGUGCUCACACGUAUAUACACAAGACUACACGAUCGCACACGAGAACAUAAUUUACACUCUUGAGCACACUAAGAAGCACACUUGUCUACACUCAAUUACACACGCUACGGAUAUGUAAAGCCAAUUGAUUUUGUAAAUUGUCCAAAAAAGGAUUUUUCAAAAGCAACGAUUCGGCCCCGUAACAAUGUAUAUUUUCGCGCGCGUCGCGCAGACGACGCCGAUUCGCUCGGGCGAAGUCCUCCGUGGCCUGGGAACAGGUCGUGGGAACAGGACGCUCACCCCCCCCGGGCGAAGACGCGUCGUCUCGGGCGUCGUUGAAAAGAGAAACAAAAAGAAAAGUAUGAGGAACAAUACGUUGAUCGAUUUCACGGUAAUUUGAGAAAAAAAAACAAAGAGAGAGAGAGAGAGAGAGAGAGAGAGAGAGAGAAAGUGAGAAAGAGAGAAGAAAUUCGAGAAUGACACGAGGAAACAAAAGUAUCGGGAUGAAAGCACACGCGUUUGUGCUCAUAAUGUUACGUAAAUAUGAACGCAAACAAAAUUUCGCGGCCUUUGGCAUACGUUUGGAUGCAGAACCGAUGAUGAAUAUAGUGCGCGUGCGCGCCCGCGUGCGGAAACGCGCGCGGGGGCGUGCGCCCGAAACGCGUCCCGGACUUGACACGAGAGUACCCGGAAGUGACGUGUGGGCGGCCUCUUCGUCGGGGUACGUCCUGACGAUGGACAGGUGGCGAGGUGCCAGAUACUCUCGUCGGCGAGAGAGUGCGAGAGAGCGCGAGAAGAGAAGAGUGAGAAAUAGGGAGAGAGAGAGAGAGGGAAGGAGAAGAAGCGGAGUACGAGAGAUGUGAGGUUUAAAACCCUUGGAGAGAGGGAAAAGGAAGAGGAGAUGAGAGCGAGAGCGAGAGCGAGAGCGAGAGCGAGAGUGAAAGAGAGAGAGAGAGAGAGAGAGAGAGAGAGAGAGAGAGAGAGAGAGAGAGAGGGAGAGGAAAGAAGGCACCUGAGGCCACCCGGGAGACCCCUGUUCCACAAGAUGCAAUCACGAAAGGUGUAACGAUGACCAAGAAGAAACACACACAACCAAGAGGAAUGUGGCAGCGGCAAUUGCAUAAGGGCCGUUGUUCGAGUGCGGCUUUACAAGCAAAAACCGUUGGUUUGUUUUCGAUCGGGUUUUAAUUUUUUAAUGAAAUAAUCUCACGACGAAUAUAUAUCGCGUACGAUCGAGCGCGCGCGCGCCUACCCGCCGCGCCGGCGCCGGCUCUCUGUAGACGGCGGCGGCGGCAACGGUGAAAAAAGUUGCAGCGCAGCGGAUCGAUGUGAUUGCGCGGCAAUCGGGGGCAACACACGUACGACGUACGUGCAUAUUAUUCGUGGCAGUGUGUAUCGUAAGUGCGCAGCAUAUGAUAAAACCGACAGUCUAGCAGUGCGAGCGCCUCGGCGGCAUUCGCGUUUUCACGCGGUGACCCUGACCGAGCCUCCGUGAUUAAAAACCGGAAUAAGUUGUUUCAAUGUCCACUAUAUAAAAUGAAGAGCCAUAGUUGUUAAGGCGGUGGGUUCCGGCGUUCGGCGUCCUCGGCGCACACGCGUUCGUCCUUGGCCCGAGAGGAACUUCGAGAGAGAGAACGGCGGCGAGUCACGGGGUAAAACACACGCGAGAGACGGAGACUUCAACGACCGCGAGAGCUAACGUCCGGCAUGCUUGACCAAAUUACGAGAAGUUCCUGGCAGAUCGAAACACGAUCGAGGGUAGCCGAGACGAUCCGAUAACCGGAAUUGGCCAAUCUAAACGUCUACACUCGGGGAAACCAAAUUUUGCGCUUCGCACACUCCGCAUUCUCGUCGCAUUCUCUCGCGACGAGUCGAACUCGCGAUUCUACGAUCGCUCUCUCUCGUUCUCGACGAGACGAGCGAUCUCGGACGAUCACGCGUUCAGCGUCCAGCAAGGGGGUGCGAUCGAGGCGCGGAGCUUAAUCUCGGCUAUCGGGCGGGUAGGUGAAAGAGACGAGAGACGAGAGAACCACCAUGAGAACGGGAAAACAUCGGAUAUCGAGAUAA